AUGAAUGAAUCAACAAACAUAUCGCAACCACAGAUUUAUGUGGAACGAACGUUAGCCAUCAUUAAGCCUGAUGCUGUGGCCCGAGCUGUUGAAAUUGAGGACAUCAUCAUCCGUGCUGGAUUUUCUAUCUUACAGAGACGUCAAGUCCAGUUGACACCUGAACAAGCAAGUGAUUUCUAUAGUGAGCAUUUUGGGAAGAAAAUCUUUUCAAGUCUUGUGGAAUACAUGAGCAAUGGUCCUAUUAUCUGUCUGCUUCUUGCCAGGAACCAGGCCAUUAACAUGUGGGAUGAGUUAAUUGGACCUUCAAACACUUUCAAAGCUCAAGAAAUUUGUCCUGACAGUAUUCGUGCAGUAUAUGGACAAGAUGAACUUCAAAAUGCUGUUCAUGGCAGUGAGAACCAAAUAUGUGCUGAGCGUGAAAUUAGAUUCUUUUUUCCAGAAACUAUUUUGGAGCCAAUAAUCACUGGUCAGUCAGCAAAAGAUUACUUGGCCAAAACAGUGAACCCAACCUUGCUUAAAGGCCUCACACAAUUAAGCAAGCUGAAACCUGCAGAUCCAGUGGGAUGGCUGGCAGAAUGGCUACAGAAUAAUAAUCCUAACAAACCAAAAAUAAACAUUAUUAAGGCUCCCUUAAAUCCUACAUAA